AUGCCGGGUCCUCAGAAGUUCAAAGUUCAAGUGGAGAACUUGGCAAAGUCAAAGGCAGGCGACAUCAUCGCCUUUGGGGUUGCUGUCGAGCCAGAAGAUCCCCACAAGUUCUUCUUCAACAAGUUCUGGGUUGGCAAGCACAACCUGGAUUCGGGCAAGGUCGUCGACGUUGUUGCUUUACUGGACAAGAAGGGAUGGACUGUGCUUGAUAUUCCCAUCCAAACAAAAAAGGGUGUGAAGAUUCAACCGUGGCAAAGGCUUGGCAGCCUUCCCGACACCGAGCCUGGGGCAGAGAUUCAGAACAUUAGCAUUGCAUGCUACGGCUGUAACGAGAUUCUGCUUAGCCCAGACCAGAUCCACAAGUUCAACAGCGGCUGCAUUUGGAGCAAAGGCAUGCCUGACACGAUCAAGCCCUACGGGCGCCCCUGGCCGAAUCCGGCGAAGGAUUGCUCCGUCCAAGACGUUCACUGCGUGCACUGUGGGGCACGGUCGCUUGGCUCAUACUACGAGAAGCCUUACGACGACCAAUCAGACAAGCAAUUUCCGUGUGUGAAGCUCGAUUUUCGCCGCCAGCCGAACAAGACGCGCUGUCCUAACUACAAGAGCCAGGUGACUGUGUUGCAUGGUGAUAAGGCCGAGGUCAUGAGAAGCAUCGAGCGACUGAAACGUCGUGCUCGCGAUGUUCCCAGCGAGCGAGUCACCCAAGAGACCUAUUCUGAGGCUGCAACGAACCGAGCGGAGCAUUCCGAGCUGAAGAAGCAGCUUGCGGACGUGUCCGGCCCCGAUGAUGCGCCGUGGAAAUUCCCAACGCGAUUGCUGCUAAGCUUGGAAGAUAGCGCGAUCAAAGCAGGAAACACGCAAUUCGCUGCGCUGGACCUGGAUCUGCCAGCUCACAAAGAAGUAGUGCUAAAGUUACUGGAGGAAGCCGGCGGGCCCACGGCGAAUGAGGCCCCGCUCCGCCCCUUCCGUCAGACCCUCGCAGGUGUUAGCAUUUUCUGGGGUGACGACCCGGCGUUCUAUUCGGCAUUGAAGAAGCGGAAGACCCGUUACAAAGGGUUUCUAUCAACCAAGGGCCACAAGUUCGCGCCAAAGUAUACUUUCCACGGUCAGCGUCCCACAGACCCAAAACUAGACCAAGUACUGCAACGCGUCACGAUGCCUGGCGUUCACUACAACAUGCUGGACUCAAGUUUGGCCAAAGACGACCCUCCUGUGCGCAUUCAACGUGUCUUCCACGGCGUGCGGUCUAUUGACGCCGCAAAGAGCAUCUCCACUGGCGGCUUUGCUCGACUGCAGACGACUGAUUCUGGAUGGUUUGGAGCUGGCAUCUACUUCACCCCAGAUCUUGACUACGCCCUGCAGUACGCCGGGGGAGCUUCGUUUCAUCAUGGGCACUUUCCGUCCCUGCGCCUGAGUCCCCACAAGCGAUACCACAUCGUGCUAGCUUGUGAUAUCCAGUACGCGAACCCUUACCCUGUGCUGAGGCGCGCCGGGUUUGAAGGCAAGAUGCUUCAGGCAGGACAUGAUGCACAUGUCGUGGUGGUGGGAAAAGGUGGCUCACCACUCCCGGACUCGCAGUGGUCUCAGCAGAAUGCUCCGGUUGCCGAGAUUGUUAUUGAUCAGAUGGAUCAAGCGCUUGUUCGUGCCGUGCUCUUUUUUGAAGCCUGA